AUCUUAAUGAUCUUAAUGAUCUUAAUGAUCUUAAUGAUCUUAAUGAUCUUAAUGAUACGGAAUGGAAGAAGAGUGGGAUUUCCGAGCGUGAAGAGGAAAGACUUGCACCUGAAAGGCGACUCAUCCAAGGAUAGGCAGCUUCUGCCGUUGGCCUCUCAAGUACUGGAUGAGGCAGAGUCCAAUCCAGAGUCGUACUAGACGUCCACUUUCUAUGACACUGAAGAGAACGUGAACGAUUCUAAGCUGAUGAGCGCCAACACUCUGCACAAGUAUGUCGUGUGCAUCGAGAGCGCCGUGUUUAGGGCGAAAGGCGCAACGAGAGAACACGAAGACGAAGAACAAUCUGGCGACGAUGAAGACUUCUCGGGAAAACUCGUCGGCAGUUGCUAUAGUAGAGCACGAUGCGGACUUGUCAGAAGCUAAAACCAAUCUUGAUUUUUCAGCGAUCCAUGAAAAGCGAUAGGCAGAGACCAAAGCAGCCGGAGGCUAUCGACGUGAUAAAAACACGACUGAUCGCGUGCACAGUAGCUGCGAGGACUUGCUGUUGCUGGUCGGGCUUGAGGGUUC